AUGGCGGCAAUUGCCUCCUUCUUGCUCGAAGCAGACCACGCCAGGGUCUUGGCGAGCGCGCGGCCGUCGCGCUCGCGCCCACACGGCGUCGACGCUGGCGGCCACCGGUACGUGUUCUGGCUUGUGUCGGACACCUUGGCGCGCGCAGUGGGCCUCUUCGGUUCCCGCAUGGCCAUCGCCGUCUCCGCGACAGGUGACGCGGAGGCGGAGCUCGCCCUGCCUAUUUCCAAGGAGUAUGCCGGGCUAUGGAACGCGACCGCGAGCGUGCGUCUCGUCGUGGUAGCGCCCCCGUCGGAAGCCCCCGUGUCGUCCGUGGCGGCUGGCAACGUUGGCGAGGUGCGGGAGCUGGCCGACGAGGGCGCGUCGCCACAGCGGCUCUUCAUGAUGGCCUGCUACGUGGGCGGCGCCGAGGAGUGCGCCACGACGGCCAAGUCCGGGAAGCUGCGGGAGCGUGUGCGGCAGCGAGGCGUGGGCGACCAAGGACGGCCGCGCCUCUUCAUGCUCCAAGUGACUCUUGUCAUCUUGGCGGAGUUUCGCCGGUGCAUCGACUCUGGUAUGCUAAGGAUCUUUGUGUGGUCGGCGUACAUGGCGGCUGACGCGACGGCAAUCUAUGUGCUGGGUCACAUGUCUGUGACCAGCAGAUCGCCGGAGCAUGAGCUGAUGGCGUUCUGGGCGCCCUUCCUGCUGAUGCACCUAGGUGGGCAGGACAGCAUCACCGCCUACGCCAUCGAGGACAACCGGCUGUGGCUGCGUCACCUGCAGACGCUUGCCGUGCAGGCAGCUGCAGCUGGUUACGUCCUCUAUGAGUCCUUCGCUGGCAGCCUGUCGACGACGUUGCUUCGAUGGGGCACCGUGAUUAUGUUCAUGGUAGGUGUUGUCAAGUAUGGGGAGAGAGUUUGGGCUCUCAAGUGCGCCAGUAGUAGCCCACAGGGGAAGAACUACAGGAUGUUUCAGAACAUAAACAUGAUGUAUAAAACUGACCGUUAUCUGCAGAAGGUAGUAUCUGGAGGCCCCAUGGACACAGAAGCUUACCUAAUGAUGGCUCAGCAAAUACUGGAUGUUCCUAUGGAUUUGCUCAAGGGGCUGCAAACUAGAGUACUUGGAGAUUCCAACCCAUACAAGCUUCAUACGGAUCUGCGUGAGGAGGGGCGACUGUACAAGGUAGUUGAGCUGCAAAUAUCCCUGAUGUAUGACGUCUUCUACACCAAGGCGGAGGUGUUGCACGGUAAUCUGUAUGGCCUCUGCAUCCGUAUGCUAUUGGCGAUGGCUACCACCGCUGCAUUCUUGUUGUUUCACCUGCUCAUAGUAUUGGGUUAUCAUCGUCGUCAUUACAACAAAGUAGAUGUAGCUAUCACUUAUGUUCUGUUAGCUGGGGCAGUCGUUCUAGAGACCGCAUCACUGUUGAGGGCGAUGUUCUCGAGCUGGACAUGCGCUCUCCUGAUAAGGUGGAUGAAGAGGAAUGAGACCUACGAAAGGACGACGACGAAGCACAGUCGUCUAACACUUUUCUUUGUGUGCAAUCUCAUGCGUGUCCGCAGGCUCAUCCACGUGGCAGAUUGGAGAUUUAGUUGCAGUUGGUCGCGCUCCAUGGGGCAACACAGCCUGCUUCGGGUGUGUACUCGCAGUAUCACCAGCCGAAGAAGCAAGAUAGCAAGAUGGAUGGAAGCCGAGGACUGGUGGAACACGCUGGCUUACUCGUGGUCCAUCCCGGUGUCGGCAUUCAUCGAGAAGGUGUUAAUGGACAAAGUGCUAUCAUCAUGUGAAGACGGAGACGGUGACCAAUAUUUUGAUUCAAGGGGUCAAAAGGAGCUGAAGCAACGGGGACUCUACGAGCAGGAGGGCCUGGACUGGAGCCUUGAGAAUAGAAUCAUCGUCUGGCACAUGGCCACUAGCAUCUAUCUCAGCUGGUGGCACAAGAAGCAGGCAGAGGCCAGGACGACAGAGACGACGGCACUACCCAUGGCUCAGGCCGUCGAGGUGCUCUCCAAUUACAUGAUGUUCCUCCUCGCCUCACGGCCUCACAUGCUGCCACCCACUGCCAGCCGCAACGCAUACGUGGAGAUCUGCUAUGUUCUCACCAGCAUUCGUGGUGGACACGGCCACAGCACAGUCGAGGAUCUCGUCGGUGAGCUACGGAGCAUUGCCGAUGCAUUGGAGAGGAUGCCUACAAUACGAGGUCAACUUGAAGCGCGUUUACGGGCAUCGUGUGCGCUUGGGGCAAUGCUCAUCGGGGAGGGGGAGGCGGAGGAGUCACGGGGCCAAGAAAACAAAGCGCUGGAACUGCUCGCCCAGGUGUGGGUGGAAGCUAUGUGCUACGCGGCCCAGCGAUGCAGCGCCUACUCACAUGCCAAGCAGCUCAGCAACGGUGGCGAGCUCAUCACCGUCGCUGCCCUUCUACUGGAACACACGAAAAAAAUUAUCGUCAUCGACAAUACUACCGACACAGAGCUCUUCAACCACGAGAAGUUUGGUGCUCCCCUUCAUGGCAUGGAAUCAUAG